GGGGGCUCUGCCAGUGCUUCGUUUCUCCCCGACAACAGACCCACCAACUCUGUUUAGUGUCUUCGUAAGGACUUUCUUCAAAUUCGCAGAAGCAGAUGUUCGAUUAUGCUGCAUGGUUAACCUAAAAAAAAAAUGUCUGAUCAAAGACUCAGAUCUACCGGAGAUGAAGAGAGGACUCCUCUCCUGGGGGAGCAGCAGGCGAGCGACGCGUCAGCCAGUGGUGCCAAACCCGACUCAGACCCGGAGCAGGAAGGCAGACCGAAACUGUUUGAUAACCUGGCCCGACUUCGCGUCCUGCUGCUUCUGUGCUCCUCCGUCGUCGCGGCCGAUUUUGGAUACUCACUCGCCUAUGCGCCGCAGUUGUCGAUCUCCGAAUCGAUCAUAUGUAACCAGUAUGAUCACCGUGCCAUACAAUCACCAAGCGGUCCGGGUCCCUCGCAUCCCUGCAAGUCACCUGAGGUCCAGGGUGAACUUGCAUUACUGUACGGAUGGAAAGACACCUUCGACGGGAUACCUGGUAUUCUCCUAGCUCUUCCAUAUGGUGUUGCGGCAGAUCUGAUUGGCCGGAAGCCGGUCAUCCUGCUGGCUUUGACAGGUAUGAUACUGGAAGAAUUUCUGACACGCCUCAUCCUCUGGUGGAGUGCGGGUGGCAUUGUACCUUUGCGAUCGUUGUGGCUCGCACCAUUGCUUCAACUAGUUGGUGGAGGGCCGCAGAUAGCCACAUCAAUGGUCUUUACUAUUCUCACAGACAUUACCCCCAUGGAAGGAAGGGCGUCACUCUUCUUUCGCUUAUCAGCUGCGAUACUACUUGGAGAGAUUGUCGCAACACCCCUUAGUGCUAUCCUCAUGUCGAACUGGUCGCCCUGGAUACCGUCCCUCCUUGGAUUGUUCUGUCAGUUCUUUGCCCUGGCAGCGGCGACUGCUGUAACCGAGACCCUCUCCGCCCCAACCUAUAACGAGUUGUCCGAAAGUCAAGCCCACCAUAUGCAAGACGUGCCGCGUCCUUCAAAUGGGUCAUGGAAAAGCAAGUUGAAAGAUGCUAUCCCCCGAUGCCAGCCCGGGGGACUGAGCAGCAACACACUUUGUGCGAUCUUGUCGUUCUUGUUCGCCAGCAUCGGCGGACUUCCUUUACAAUUCGUCAUCCAAUACGCCUCCAAGCGCUUUGGUUGGACCAUCGCUCGCGCGAGUCUCCUAGUCACCAUCAAAGGGAUAAUCAACCUCGCGCUACUGCUGGUGAUUCUGCCCAAGAUAUCAACUAUACUCAGCCAAGUCAUGCCUCCCUCCCGCAAGGACUUGCGCCUCGUCCAGGCCAGCAUAGCAUUUUUGACGAGCGGCACCACGGUCAUGGCCGUCUCCGCGGAUCCGGCCCUGUUCAUAAUCGGUGUCUGCCUUUUCGCGUUGGGGUGGGGCUACUUUGCAGCCGUUCGCAGCCUCGCAACAGAGCUCGUGGUGCCUUCCAAGGUCGGCGUCCUUAACACGUCUUUCGCCUUCGCACAAGGUGUAGGCGGCCUUGUGGCCGGUCCGGCCCUGGCUACCGCACUCAAACGGGGAGUUGAGCUUGGCGGCUUCUGGACUGGGCUGCCGUACAUGAUUGCUUCGUUGUUUCUCGUCGUGGCCGCCGGUUUGUCGUACGCCAUAAGCAUCCCCGAAGGGAGUCAUGCAGAAGAGGACAAUGGUGAGAAUCACGCGCAAAGUCAAGAGAUUGGCACAUGAUCAACAGCUUCCGGGACAGACUAUUCACAUAGAAAGUGGUCAUCAACUCACGUUAUAACACGGCCUUACCACCACCAUAUGCAGGCGCCAUGUAUGUCCUCGGACGUCUGCGGAAUAGAAGCGAAACCAGGUAUAAGACGGCCAGAGCAAUAAUGGAGAAAUUUAAACACCCUCCAGUCCGCAUCUAUUGAGAAAGCGAAGUUCUCGACCUAGAACCACCCGAGUAUGAGGACGAAACCCACAACCUGUGUGAUGGCACUGACGCCGAGUGCGAGGCAGGAUGGCAAUCCCUCUCAAACUCAAGCCAAGCGUAUGCUAUCUCUUCUAUCUGGUCUAUAUCUGAAGCUGGGAAUGGAAAUAAAGGCGUUCGUUUCUUGUUCAGUCCCUCUGGCGCACAUCGGUUUCGCGCGAUGGAGUUUGAAGAAGUCCGAUACUGGGGUGGGGUUAGUAUGCGUUCAUCAAGAGGGCUCAGCCGGCUGAGUAAAGGUGGUCUACGAUCAAAACGGUCUGUCCACGGGUGGUAUCGCUCCAGAUGGGGGCGGAGCAGAGUCGAAAUGACCACUGACUGGUCUGUCUGCACAUAAGUUGAUUUUAGAUGCAUAUACCAGGCGCUUCAAUCUUGGAGCUGAACAAGCUGUAACAGAAUACAUGACGGUCUAAAUCCGGGCCGUCGAUUUGUGCUGGGA